AUGUAUUCCGAAUGGGCUUCGCUCGUUCCGAUUAUAUCGGACAACAUCAACAACGCCCAAACGCAGAGCGUUUUGGGCAAGUUCAGCAUCGUCGGUGGGCGUGAUGUGGCAGCCGUGGUGAUCAAGCAGCUGGCCAGCACGCUCGGCAUCACCAACAGUGCGGAACCGAGCAAUCUUAAGACGGACCAGGAGGUCCAAUGGUGCAUGGAUGUAAUUUGUCACGGGCUCUCGUUGCCGUUGGCCGAACACGACAUAAUCAAGGACGGAGUGAAUAUCUACUGCGAGUGGAUCAGUGCCGUGCUGCCGCAGUGCAAGAUCAGCGUCCCAAAACCCAUCCUGGACGAUCCGAACACGUAUGUGCGGAAAAUUAUCAAACACCUUUACAACCUGUUCGUGCCCCGCCCAGGAGAAGUCUGGCCUUUCAUUUACCAAGAGGAACUAGGCACGGAUACGAUCAACCGGCAAGCUGUGCUUUGCCAUCGCGUGCUGCGCACCCUGCAAGACACGGCCCAAAACUCACAAAUUCUCACGGUCGAAACGUGGGAAGCGUUGCUACUGUUUCUGUUGGCGAUCAACGAAAUCCUGCUCGCGCCACCGAUCGUGAAGGACGACGUCGGAGAUCAGCUGUGCGAGCGAGUACUGAGCGUGCUGUUUGAAGUGUGGUUACUGUCCUGCAGUCGCUGCUUUCCGUCCCCGUCGCUGUGGAAAACGUUCCAGGAAUCGUGCGCAGCCUGGCGACACCGUAUCGCACUGGUGGAGCAGUGGAACCGAGUGAACCUGGUUCUCACUGCUAAACUACUUGAAUUCACCUACGGGCCAGCGUUUCCCGAGAUGAAGAUAGCCGACGAGGACGCACACCUCGUGCCGGACGGUAUGACCAACGACGGCAUCGCCCAGGCAUGGAUUCGGUUUCUGAAGAUACUGGGACCACCGAUGGAUCUGUGCUGCCCGCAGGUCAUCAGCAGAACGCCACAGUUCAUCCAGGCGGUACUGGUCAACGCGGACGGGAUCGAGCCACAACAUCAUCCAUGUUUGCUGAAUUUGCCACAAAUCUUUCUCAAAACGAUGAAAGGAAUUGCCGGCCUGGUGGAUGCUUUUCUCGGAAUAGCCCAGUACCGAUCGGUAGAGGGCAUGCUGUUUGAGAACAUCAAUCAGCUGUACUUUCCCGUCAAUGGGUCCGUAAUAAAUUUCAGGCAUUCUGGAGGCGAACUCAGGCCCACAAACCUGGUCCGAGCCAGCGGUGGGCUGGGUGGGCUCGGUCUCGGUGCAGCACUGGGUGUGGUGGGCUCCGGAGCGACCGCAAGCGGUGGAAAUGGAAUGAAUAACGGUGGCGGCGUUGGUAGCACUAGUGGUGGUGGUGGUCCCAAUGUUUCUAUCAGUCUUAGCGGAAACGGAAGUGUCAGUGCAGGAAGCAACAGUUUCGGGUUCUCGUUCGAGAUCGGCUCCACGGCUCAGGCUGAUAUCGCGGCUGUCAGUGGCAAUGGGAGGGCACUGACUCACCUCGUUUCCGACGGGUCAAGCGCGAACUCUCCUACGCCACCGUUGCAACGACGGUUAGCCAAGAGCUUCAGUGUCGCACCAUCUCUGUCAGCGCAUGCCGUCAUAUCAAUGGCGCAGGCCAAGGGAUUUACGAAAAGCUCAUUCAGCGGGCUUACGAACAGUCGUAACACAGCCGGCAGUGGCAGCUUCCAGACCCCCCAGUCACCAUCCUUGGGAUCGACGGGAUUAUCGUCCAUGCUCUCGUUGUGUCAGGAGAAUCGGUACGCGCUGGCCGCCAACCGGCCAAGGUGUAACAGCAUUUUGCACCUCUUUGGCGAGUGGCUCUUCGAUGCGGCCCACAUCGGUGGCGAGACAUGGAUGCACAACACCAAAAAGCGUGCGGCUGAAGCCAAACGGCGUCCUUCGUCGAUGAUCAUGGACAACCGGAAGGGUAGUCUUUCGCAGCCCCCGUCACUGUCGGAGGUGAACGACGUGGCCCCGGGUCUUACGAUCGAUAAGUACGAGUCCGGCAAAGCGGAAGCCCUCGGGGCGCUGUGUCGGAUAUUUUGUGCGAAAAAAACGGGCGAAGAAAUACUGCCCGUAUACCUGGCACGCUUCUACAUGGCGCUGCACCAGGGCCUGAAGACCAACGAUAGCCGCGAAUGCAUGGAAACGCUGGCCAGCAUACUGUACAACUCGUCCGAUCUGUUCCGGAUCGAUCUGGAAGGCAUACAGGUGCUGCUGCCGGCGUUCAUUGCCGCCCUGGAGCUCAUUUUGCCCGAAAAAGAGCUAAAGCUUCGAUCGCAAAAUGUAAUCAUCAAUAAGACCGAACUAAGGCGGGCCGGUGUAAACAUUCUGCUGUCCAUUCUGGCCCUACCGUUGCACUUUCAAACACUUCCAAUUCGUGACAUCGGCGGUGGACCCAACGAUAGGACCGUGACCUUCAUCCAACUGAAGCCGAGACUCAUGAACAUUCUCAUGAACGCGCUGCAAGUCGAAACGGACCCCCACAACACUCACAUGCUGCUGGGGGGCUUGCACCUGUGCGUCCAGGACUCGGUAACGUUCGAAGCCUUCGAAAGCAAUCCGGGCGCCAUCGGUUCGAUGCACCCAGCGGCAGCCGAAGCACAGCCCAAUUUGCUAAGCUCAGCCUGCUCCGAGAAGAGUGCGUACUCCAUGAACAGCGCCAAUUCCAGCAUCGGUGGACACAGCACGGCCACGUUGAGCAAUGAGCCUUCUAGUUUGCCAGCUUUCGAUGAUUUCCCAUCCGAUAUUAUUCAUGAGUUAGAAUUGAGUUCAUCUGCAAUUUAUGACAGUGCGCAUGCACUUUUCGUGAGAGCCACCUAUCUGGUGUGUCACCGUCUAAUAUCGUCGUGGAAAACGGAUUUAAAUGUUUCGCUGGCUGCACUGGAGCUGCUGUCCGGUUUGGCCGCAAUGCAUGUUAAAGAUUCGGAUGCUCUGGAAUGCAAACGUGCGGUGAAGUGGAUUUGCGAUUACAUCUGCUACCAGUGCUCUCGGCCACCGCCCGCACACGUAAAGGAUCUUCACAGCACCAUCGUAGCCGCGUUCCAGUGUACUUCCGCGUGGCUGAUGAAUCACCCGUACCUGCUGCACGACAAAGAGUGCCUGACGAUCGUGCUCGAAGUGGUAGAGUUGGGCAUCUCGGGCUCGAAAAGUGUCGGCAAACCGGGAGAACCGGUACGGUACAAGGAUGAGAAGGAACUGAAGCCAGCCAGUAUGCGAGUGCGCGAUGCCGCCGAAAACAUGCUCACCAUGAUACUGGAGCAGAUCGACUACUUCCCAAACGAGUGCGGCAAACAGUCGCUUUCGUCGCUACUGGAUGAGGUCGUUCUGGCGAAGCACUCGAACAAUGGCGCCGGAGAGACCACCGGCGUAGGAGAGUUGCCACCGGAGCUGGCAAUUAAAAAGUUUAAAUAUUUCGUUACCGAAAACUCGACCGUGCUGGCCCUGUUCGAAGAGCCCCUGGGGAACGAUCAGGAUCCGCAGCCAACGGUAACGACACUAAUUCGGGGACCGUUUGGGCGACACGCUUGGACGAUGCAGCUGCGGCAUCUGUCGAGAAGUAAAUCGGGCACCAAAUACCACGCCCCGAACCCGGGCCGUCCCGUGCCGAUGAACGACAUUCUGAUACGGCAGGAGAUGGAAUACAAACACUUUCCCGAUUCCGUCGAGCGGAUCCCGCCGUGCAUCGUGGACCACUCCAUUCCAACGUUGGAUUCGGCGGAGCAGAAAAUUGGUAACCAAUGCACCAAACAGUUGGCCCGACUGCUGGAGGAUCAGCUGGUGUACGAAAAAUUGUCUUGGGCCGAAACGGAAUGUUCCGUGGAUGGUCUUGGGCAUGCGCAAGAAGCUUCUCCGCCGAACGUAUGCCACGAGUUUCAGGCCGCACGCCUCUUUUUGUCCCACUUUGGAUUCCUUACCAUCGGCCAAAGCAAUACCGGUGGACAGAAGCUUGAUGGCAGUACGCCGCUGCUCACUACGCUCGACUCGUCGAAGCUGGAGUUUUGUCAGGACUUGAAAAUGCUCGAUAAAAUGAGCCCCCGGUCGUGUGACACCAUCCACGUGUUCUACGUGAAAGCGAGUCAAACGACGGAGGCCGAAAUCAUUGGCAACAUGGACCCCGAGAAUGUGUCGUCGAUUGAUGGACACUUUUGGCAGAUGCUCUACAUGAUCGGGUGGCCAGUGAAGGUACAGGAGCACGCCGGCUGGACCGGUUUCAUUGGCACCAGCUGGAAGAUCCCGCGGGACUAUAAAACCGCGCCGAACCGCAACGAAUCACUCUCGGAAGCGCAGUGGCAGCUGAACGGAGAACAGAAAGUACUGUACUGGGCCGAUGUGUCCUCGGAAAUGGCAAUCGUGGUGCCGAAUCGGAACAAUAAAUUCGAUGCAUGCGGGUCCAGUGGCACAGACGACACGGUCGAUGGGAACUGCUGCCCUACCACGGCGACGAUGUACGAGCGCAGUGUAAGCGAAAUACAGCCCCGAUCUGCUUCGGUUUCUACGUCGAAUCAGCAACCGCGCCAAUUUUCGCUGGACAGCGAAUCGACGCGCUUCGGAUCGAUGAGCAAAUCCGCCGAUCCCAUUCCGCCCGUGCGCCGUCGGACGGGAGCAUCCAAACCGAGCAGUCAGUACACUGCACCGUCGGCGAAAAUACUGCUUGUUUGGCUGGAAAGUUUCGAGGACUAUCUGGCGUUCCCGAUCGAGGACUUGUUGGCUUACACCAGUGCCGGUCAGCCCGUUCCCGGGGGAGGUGUGUCCGGAGGGAACGCCAGCGAGUGUUUCAUCAUCUACCUGCAUGCCCUAUCGUCCGGAUUGCUGAGAGUAAAGCUGCAGGGUCCGGUUGGACGAAUGAAUUUCGCCAUCCCGCUCGUCGACGGUAUGGUGGUUAGCAAGCGUGUGAUUGGAUCGCUCAUUCGGCAGACGGCGUGUAAUAUGGCCAAACGGAAACGAUUAGAUAAUGAUUCGUAUCAGCCGCCUCACGUUCGUCGUCGUAUUAAAAUCCAAGAGAUAAUGCAAAAGUAUAAGAGAGAUCUGACCGAGCCCGAGAUGUUGGCCGAGCUGUUCAAGCAAGCUCUUUAAGCAACAAGUAUUACACUGAAUUACGCCUGGCGAUACAACAAAUAAUUCUUUCCACUCUUCUCUAGUGAUGUUUUGUUUAAUCUAAUAUUUUUAACGAUAAAUUAUCGUCCAAUGCACGUGACCUAUAACACUACUAGUGUUGUUUCCACGAGUUCCAGCUUAUUUGACCAUUUGAUACUAAAUCUUUUGAACAAUAUACUGAAUAUAGCCUGAACCAUUGGGGCAU